GAGACCGUGGUGAAAUAAGCGUUUGCCGCUUCUUUCUGUGUUUCUCUUUCCGCUACUCGUAAACUUUCAUGGAUGGGGAAAAAUGAUCCUACCCUGUUAGUUAUUCAUCCCGGUAUCGCGUGUAGUUCCAGGAGCUCACGAUUUAAUCAUGUCUUCCCGUUUAGCAGUACCUCCGAACGCAGCCUCCGCAUGCCUUGGUGUGUUUUGCCUCCUCCUUAUCGUCACCGCUGCGAAAGUUGUGAAUAGGCUUUUUUUGUCCCCAUUCCGCAAGCUACCGGGGCCGAUUCUCGCAAAGCUCACAGGGGGAUGGUUGCUGUGCGUGGAUCUUGCCGGACGGCGAGCCAUGAAAGUUCACGAGCUCCAUGAGAAGUACGGCUCAGUGGUGCAACUUGGGCCCAACGAACUCAGCUUCUCCAGUGCGGAGAGCAUUGAUAUUAUCUAUGGAACGGGGACUCGAUUCCGCAAAGCACCAAUGUAUAUGACAAUGGGUCGCCCAGGUGUCUUACACUUGUCGGAUCCAGCAGCACACAGGGAGCGACGACGGUUAUUAAACCAUGCGUUUUCAAAACAACAUCUUGAUGACAUGGAGCCAGAAUUUCGAAAUUCAGUGAAGAAGAUGGUGGCCAGAAUGGAGCGGCAGGGUGGAGAAGCUUUGGAUAUGAAGCAUUGGUUUAAAAUGUACACUCUGGAUAAUGCAGGCAAAGCUUUCCUUGGGGCGACCUUUGGAGGACUGGAUUCCGACGAGUCGCCACGAUACGUAAAAGACUUUGAUUUGUUUUUACUGGCAUGGGCAUUUAAGAGUACUUUCCCCAUACCAGCUUGGUUUGUGCAGAAAAUACCUCAUCCUAAAAUUAAGUUCGUCUUCGAUGCAGAAGCGCGCAUCUACCAGUACGGGAUUGAUAGAUUUAAUGAAUACAUCGAAAAAUAUGGCCGUGUCUCCCAACGCCGAGAUUUGCUAACCAAGAUGAUUGGCAGAAAAGAGAAUGAUCCAGAUGCACUCGCUGAUUCCGAUAUUGCCGUGGAAAUCAGCAAUCUUUGUUUCGCAGCGACCGAUACCACGGGGACAGCUCUGGUUUAUCUCUUUUGGGAGCUCGCACGUAAUCCACAUCUGGCAGAGCGACUUCGUUCCGAGCUCGCCGACCUUCCAUUAGUGGAUGGAGUCAUCCAACACCAGAGUGUAUCAAAUGUCCCAUUUCUAGAAGCGCUUAUAAUGGAAGGAUUGCGAGCCUACCCGCCUCUCCCAUCUGGUCUCCUCAGGGAGGCCCCUGUUGGUGGAUGUGCCAUAGACGGCAUAUAUGUACCCCAAGGAACUAUAGCUUCAACACACACCUGGACAACUCAUCACAGCCCUGAAUAUUUCCCACACCCCGAUAAGUUUGAUCCAUCUCGUUGGCUUGAAGGAAAUGUGUGUGAAGGAAUGAAAAAGCUCUGGAUGCCGUUUUCUAAGGGUCCUCGGAAUUGCAUGGGGCGCACCAUGGGGCUGUUCGAAAUGAAGAUUCUAAUUGCAACUUUGGUGAGGAGAUUUCAUAUUACUAUCGACGAUACGAUGAGAGAUGACGCGAUGGAUAUCACAGAUCAUUUUCUCCUUAUCCCCAAAGGCGAUAAAUGUCUGCUCCGCUUUACCCCGAUAUAAAUAACGGCCUGUGGGCGAUUCGAGGAAGAUGGA